GUAGAUCCUCAUGCGAGUCGGGAGCGUCUGCAUGUUCAUUCUUGAAUCGACCACCCCCUGGUCAGCACCAUCAUGCGCGUCUUUGCCCUUGCUGUGGCGUUCGUGGCUGCUGUCGAUGCCUUCAAGCCCGACAGCAAUAGUUGUGUGACCGAGGAAGCCGGCCUCGGCCUCGGCGGCGAGUACAUGCACCACAAGCAGGCCAAGUACGUCAUCGGCGAGCCGUACGCAGCGGGGUCGUACUACCGCUACUGCUUCAAGGGGAAACUCACGUGCCAUCGCGACGCCGGCAUCGCCGACUUGCCCAUGCCCAAGGCCGAGAACUGUUCCGAGGUGCUCCAGAAGCGCAAGCUCGGGUACUUUGUCGAUCCACAACACACGGCGUUAUGGCCACAUCAAACAUUGUGCUACGGCAUCAAGCGCGACGACUUUUCGGACAGCGAGAACAAGAUCAUCGACGACGGCCUCACGUACCUCCGCACGACCGGGCUCACGUUUCUCACGUUGGACGAGUGCAAGGCCGCGCCGAACGCCGACAAGCUGUGCGGCGGCUGCGUCGACUACGUCCACGUGAACAAGAAGGACCCAAACCGGUGUUCGGCGCGCGUGGGCUGGGCCAAGAUCGGUCCCCAGCCGCUCAACCUCGGCACGCCAUGCUUUGUCGUCGGGAAAGGCACGGUCGUGCACGAAUUCCUCCACAGUUUGGGUGUAUUCCACGAGCACACCAACCCGUCGGCCAACCUGAUCGUGCACGACAUGCAGCGCGGGGCCCAAAACUACCUCCCCAAGGCGCAAGCGCUGUACACAGAUUACGACAGCCACAGCAUCAUGCAUUACCCGCAGGUCCGCGGCGUUUGCAUCCCCCUUGCGCGGAACGACGGCAAAAGAUGGUGUGGCCCGCACGAAUCCAAAUCGCUUGGGUGUGUAGAGCCAAGGGCCAAGGACUGUGACGUGGAAGCGUCGAAACCGUUUGGACAGCGCAAAAAGAUGAGCCAGGGCGACUUUGCCACGAUCACCAACAUGUACGGGUGUGCGAAGACAGGCAAAAAUGCCACAAUAGAAUUUUUGAGGAACAAGCUAGCGAAGAAGGGCGCGAUCCAUAACGCGGCGCUUGAGACUGGGGCGGCGAAACGCUUCGACAAGUCGUUGGCAAAGGUGCACAAGGCACGCGCAGAUGCCAAGGCCGCCAAGAAGGCCGCGAAGAGGGCCGCAAGGAAGAAGAGGGGGAAGAAGAAGGCAAAGAAGGGGGGAAAGAAGAAGGCAAAGUAGAGCAAUGGCCACGUAAUAAUAUUAUAUCUCAAAGAGGUCUUUGUGGAUA